AUGGAGUCAUCAAAUGUCAGCCUCUCAGUACUCCUUGGCGUUGUGGUAUUUGUCUGUUUUCUGUCCAGUCCAACAGAAUCAGCAGGUCUCGCCUCAUCUGAUGCCAGCGAUGUCAAAAUACGAAGUAAGUCCCUAUUUCUGUUGCACUUAAUAGCAAAUCGUAUAGUUAAGCGUUUAAAAGAUACCAUAUCGUUCUUGCAUCCUUUUUCGUUGGAAAUUUGCUAA